CAGGCCAUCUGGGGUGUCCAGCUCUGAGGAGGACAAGCCGGGUGACCCCCACAGGUGCUUCUCCCCAGUAUGGAGGCGGCCUGGGCGUCAUGAAGCCUCCGCGGGUCGCCAGGCUCUGCUGUGUGCUGCUGGUCCUCGGGCUGGGGGCUGCCGGCAAGGCGCCCCCGGAAGACGCUUCCUUCUACUAUGGAACCUUCCCGCCUGGCUUCUCCUGGGGCGUGGGCAGCUCUGCCUACCAGACAGAGGGCGCCUGGGACCAGGACGGGAAAGGAGCGAGCAUCUGGGACGCCUUCACGCACAGCGGGCCGGGGAAGGUGCUUGGAGAGGAGACGGCCGACGAGGCCUGCGAUGGCUAUUACAAGGUCCAGGAGGACGUGGUUCUGCUCCGGGAGCUGCGAGUCACUCACUACCGAUUCUCCUUAUCUUGGCCCCGGCUCCUGCCCACCGGCAUCCGAGCCGAGCAGGUGAAUGAGAAAGGGAUCAAGUUCUACAGCGAUUUAAUCGAUGCCCUUUUACAGAGCAACAUCACCCCCAUUGCCACCCUGCACCACUGGGACCUGCCACAGCUGCUCCAGGUCAAAUACGGUGGGUGGCAGAACGUAAGCAUGGCCGGCUACUUCAGCGACUAUGCCAACCUGUGCUUCGAGGCCUUUGGGGACCGAGUGAAGCACUGGGUCACUUUCAGCGAUCCUCGGGCGAUGGUGGAGAAGGGCUAUGAGACGGGCCACCACGCGCCGGGCCUGCGGCUGCCGGGCACCGGCCUAUACAAGGCAGCACACCACAUCCUUAAGGCCCACGCCCAAGCCUGGCACGCUUACAACACCUCGUGGCGCAGCAAGCAGCACGGUCUGGUGGGGAUUUCGUUGACGUGUGACUGGGGGGAGCCCGUGGACAUGAGCAGCCUCAAGGACAUAGAGGCGGCUGAGAGAUACCUGCAGUUUUGCCUGGGCUGGUUUGCCAACCCCAUUUAUGCCGGUGACUACCCCCAAGUCAUGAAGGACAAUAUUGGAAGGAAGAGCGCAGAGCAAGGGCUGGAAGUGUCGCGGCUGCCGGAGUUCUCCCUCCAGGAGAAGAGCUACAUGAAAGGCACAGCCGACUUCCUGGGGUUGGGUCAUUUUACAACAAGAUACAUCACUGAGAGGCGCUUCCCCUCCCGCCAGGGGCCCAGCUACCACAAUGACCGGGACUUAGUAGAGUUCCUCGACCCCACCUGGCCACAUCUGGGGUCCAAAUGGCUCUGUUCCGUGCCCUGGGGAUUUAGGAGGCUCCUCAACUUUGCUCAGACCCAAUAUGGCGGCCCCCCCAUCUACGUGAUGGAAAAUGGAGCGUCUCAGCAGUCGCGCUGCACUCAGCUGUGUGAUGAGUGGAGAAUCCAGUACCUCAGAGGCUACAUUAACGAGAUGCUGAAAGCUAUCAAAGAUGGAGUUAAUAUAAAAGGGUACACUUCCUGGUCUCUGCUGGAUGAGUUUGAAUGGGAGAGAGGCUACGCAGAUAGAUACGGAUUUUACUACGUUGAAUUUAACGUCAGGAAUAAGCCUCGCUAUCCCAAGGCUUCGGUUCAAUACUACAAGAAGAUUAUCAUUGCUAAUGGAUUUCCGAAUCCUCGAGAGGUGGAAAGCUGGCGCCUUGAAGCUUUGGAAACUUGCUCUAUCAACAACCAGAAGCUUGCUACAGAGCCUCUGCGCCGCCACCUGCACCUGCUCUCGGAGAUCGUGGUUCCCACGGUGUGCGUCCUCUGCGUGCUCAUGGCUGCCCUGCUGCUCCUGCUCCUCCUCCCCCGCCACCACUGA